CUGGGCGCUACAUUGCGACGCUUAUCCGAGGCUUGAACGCAGUGCGCGCGCGCGCUUCCCGCGAUAAAGUUUGUUGCUCCGCGAUUCGGUGCGCGGCUCCGAACGGCUUGCGCCACACCGCAUACGGAUUUCCAAACUCGACAGUUUCCAGUGUUGCUCAGUGUGCUUUGCGACGAUGCUCUCGAGGAUGACGCUGUUGCUUUUCGUGGCGGUGUGCACCGCGACGUCGAUGGUGGCGAGCUUCGACCUUGGACCGCUCGUGAGAAUCGCCCAGUGCAGGUCGCAAUGCCUGAAGAGCCACAGCCUCGACGGCUCGUGCGAGUGGUGGAGACACGGCGAGACCGGUUGCAAUGAAUGCUGGCAGUACUGCGAGGCCCUGGAGCGUCAGUGGGGCGGUUGGAAGCAGGCCGCUAGCCCCAAGGCCCAGCAGCAGCAACAGGCGCAACCAACUAACUGCGACGAGCAAGAGUACAAGCAGUGUCCAUCGUGCAGAACGGCCUGCGAAUACCGAAAGAGUCAAGUAGUCGAGCCGUACCUACCAUCGAUGUUACCAGCGCCACACCACGCCCCGGUGAGCCUGACCAAGAAUGACGUGGCGGUGAUGCUGCGCAAGGUACGCAACGAGUGGCGGGUAUUCGACUUCUACCCUGGCGUACGAGCUCCGAGCAACCUUCGCCAAGACGAGUGGAUCGUCGCCGUUGUCGAGGACGGCGGUGUUGCCCACUACAGUUGGGAACAGUGGACUCCUACUUUGGAUUCUCUGAAGGAAGGACCACUCUACGAAGCUACAAUCUCCUGGCGAGAUGUCGAUCAUCAGCUCAAGAGGCAACAGAUUGCCGAGCAGAAGAAAUUCAACGACAGGGUGAGGCAGUUCUUCCUCGAGAAAUACGGCGAGAAAGUGCUCGAGUGGAGGAAUCAGGACGAGGAGCAAGCUAUUCCCGAGGAAGUAUUCCGUCGUUUCUUCUUGAAGAGGCGCGAUCACGAGUCGCACCAGAUCGACGAAUCCAAUCCAGAGCCAUCGACCGUCGACUCGGAAGACGAACGAGCUCAAAGCCAAGUCGCCAAGGAAUCGUUUGUCAUAUCGUGGGAGCCCGAAGCUGGUGGUCUCAUGGGUAACCAAGUCGCUGACUCCAAUUUCGCACAGAUUUCCUUGCUGCCCGGUACCAAGUAUCUGGUGAGGAUCGCCUCGAACGAGGGUCCCGGUAGCUUCCCCAUCGAAGUCGACACAAGGCCAAGCUCCGUCCAAGUGCACAGGAUAAAAAAAAACUUCGAAAACAUAUUUCCAUGGGCAUUCCUUGCCGCCUGCACGUCCGUAGCCAUUCUCGUCUGCAUCAUUGUCAUUGCCAAGCUGCUUAGGCGGGUGAAGGAGGUGGAGCCCGAAGAAGAGGUUUGAUGAUAAACGAGAGGGUAUAACCGUGCCAGAUAUGAGACUGAUGGUGAUGAUGAUGAUGAUGGCGAUGAUGAUUAAGACGUGGAGUGACUGAAUAAAAAAAGUGGCGUCCACAUGGAAGAGAUCAGUAGUGCGUCCAAACACUACUGUGACGAUUAAUAUUUGUACAGUUUGUAGAAUUGUGUAAGACGAAAAAGCUGGUAACAAGUGACAAGUCACCGAAGUGGCCAGUCCCUCGUGUGUAUAAAAUUGCCGCGUUAUCUAUAAUAAUGUAUAGGAAGAACGAAAAAAUCCGAUCAAAUACAAUAUUCUUUGCAAGAUCUGAGAGGAAUUCGCUUGUAUUGUAUCUGUAAUAAUUGUAUGUAUAAAAUUGCGUACAUAGGCUUAAUCAACUUGUAUUUUUCUUAUGGUCGUUGCCACGAGCGUCUGUUCUAUACUUUUAUUUUCUUCGUCCCUUAAUGUACAAAAGUCUAUGUUCUUUAUAUAUUUCUCUAUAUAGAACGCGUCUUACAGUUUCACCAAAAUGCCAUAAUUGCCGCGCGCGCGGCCUCGUCUCGAGGGGACACUCCCUGUCCUUUUUAUAUACGAAGAUUCCGUUGUUUUUUGUGCGCGUCAAGUGAGAUUAUCUUUUAACGACUGUUACAUCCCCACGAGACGAAAGCUGUUCGUUUCCUUUUUUUUUAAUGCAAUGCACAUACCUAUACAAACAGGCAUAUAGUCUUUUUCAUAAUAACCCACACACACACACACACAUGUUUUUGUACGAUAUUUUUGUAUUUAUAAUAAUUAAAUAUCGACCAUGCGACUUGCUCAAGCUGCAACGAACAGACUGUACGAGAGUUCCUAUUGGUAAGGAGAGCGCAUCCACGACUCGAUGUAAUAUUUGUGUCGCAGCGCCAAACAUGAUUGUAUUUAUCUGUAAAUA